CCACUUUUUCCUAAAUUCAUAACCUUUCUUGAUUAACAGAAAAUAAUAACCUAUAAAGAUUAUUGACAAUUUUCUUAAGAGAAUGUACUUAUAUUUGUAAACGCGAAUAUAAUAAUUUGCUUUAGAAUUAAUAAACAAAGUUUAGAAUAUAUAAAAAAUAUUUUUAAUAUGCCCAAGUACUAUUGUGAUUACUGUGAUACAUAUUUAACACACGAUUCACCAAGCGUUAGAAAAACCCAUUGCCAAGGACGAAAGCACAAAGAUAAUGUUAAAUUUUUUUAUCAAAAAUGGAUGGAGGAACAAGCUCAACACCUAAUUGAUGCAACGACAGCUGCUUUCAAGGCUGGCAAAAUUGCAUCUAAUCCAUUCGCAGCGAACAAAGGUGCUGCUAUACCACCACCACCUAGUCUUGGGCCACGACCUGGAAUACCACCACAGGGAUCACCAGGUAUGAUGCCACCACCAGGUAUGCAUCCUGGUAAUCCAAUGGGUCCUGGUGGUCCUAUGAUGAUGGGCCCACAUGGACCAAUGCCUUCAAUGAUGGGUAUGAGACCACCGAUGAUGGGACCCAUGGGUCCAAUGGGUCCAAUGAUGGGACCAAUGGGUCCUAUGGGACCCAUGAGACCACCUAUGAAUGGACCUCCACCACCUAUAGGUGGUACUCCACCAAUGAAGAAAUAAAAUAUUGAGUGAAUGAAUUGACUAUCUAUAAAUUGAUUGGGAUUCAAGACGAUAUGAUAAACAUCAAUUUAAAUAUGCACAACAUCUGGGUUAAAUAUAAAAUGUAUUAUAAAAAAUCAAUAUUUCUCUAACGUAAAUCUGUACAUUAUAUUUUAUGAAUUAUAUGAUUAAUCAAUAAAUACAUUCAAUAAUUUGACUGUUUA